GAACAAAACAGUGACGCACUUGACUUACUUCCUGUUUACAAGCCCUAUCUGACAACCAUUCAUUUCUGCAUCAUUUAACCAACCAAAAAUUGCGGCUACUUUCAUGUAGUAUCGACAGUCUUUACAGACAUGAUUCCGUACACUGUAAAUAUUAAACUAGCUGCACGGACACUUACCGGAACUCUCAGUUUACAGAACAAAACUGCAGUUGACUGGGGUUGGCAAGGUCUGAUUGCUCAGGGAUGCCACUCCAGCAUCCUCAUUAUCGACCCAAAGACCGCUCAGACCAUUCAGGUCCUGGAGAGACACAAAGCCAAUGUUGUCAAGGUGAAAUGGUCCAGGGAGAACUACCACCACAACCUGAGCUCACCUUACUCCCUGCGCCUGGCCUCGGCCGACGCCGGAGGCAAAAUCAUCGUGUGGGACGUGGUGAGCGGCAUGGCGCACUGUGAGAUCCAGGAGCACUCCAAACCCAUCCAGGACAUGGAUUGGCUGUGGAACCAGGAUGCGUCACAUGACCUGCUUCUGGCCGUGCACCCUCCCAACUACAUAGUGUUGUGGAACGGAGACACGGGGACCAAGCUGUGGAAGAAGAGCUAUGCUGAGAACAUCUUGUCCUUCUCUUUCGACCCGUUCGACCCCUCCAAUUUAGCCUUGCUGACCAGCGAGGGGAUCGUUUUCAUCACAGACUUCUCACCGUCCAAGCCCCCUGGCAGCAGCGGUAAGAAGGUUUACAUUGCCAGCCCACACUCCAGCCCUGCUCACAGCAAACCUGCCUCCACACAUCCCACUGGCGCUAAGAAAGCUCUCAACAAGGUCAAAGUGCUCAUCACCAACGAGAAACCCAUGGCUGAGGCAGUCACCCUGAAUGACUGUCUCCAGUUGUCCUACCUACCCUCAAAGAAGAGUCAUAUGUUGCUGCUGUACCCCAGAGAGAUCCUCAUCCUGGACCUGGAGCUCAGCCAGACGGUGGGGGUGGUGGCCAUCGAGCGUUCCGGCGUGCCCUUUAUACAGGUGAUUCCCUGCGCACAGAGGGAUGCUCUCUACUGCCUGCAUGAGAACGGCUGCAUCACACUGCGCGUGUGUCGAUCCACUGCAAUCGCAGCGGAGGAAAUAGCAGUGGCGUCUGAGACGGAGCUGGGAGUGCAGGAGCUGUCGUAUGAUCUGCGCUCUCAGUGUGACGCCAUCCGCGUGACCAAGACGGUGCGGCCGUACCGGGCGGUGAUCUGCCCCGUCAACGAGAACAGAGCCGCUCUGGUGGUGAGCGACGGGCGCAUCAUGCUCUGGGAGCUGAAAGCUCACGCUGGCAAAGCAUCAUCCAACCUCGGUUCCGGCUUGUCCCCGCUCUACUCUCCAGUAAAUUUUUGUGGGACUCCAUUGGGUCAGAACCAGAAGCGAAUCCCGGACCUCUCCCUCAACACAAUGAUCGGUCCCACUCUGAUCUCGGGUGUUGAUCCCCCUGUAUCCAUGGUGGGGCAGCAGGAGGUGCAGCUGAAGUUCCUACUGACGGGGCUUUUAUCUGGUCUGCCCCUGCCACCCUUCUCACUGCGCAUGUGUCCUCCUUUAACCACUAAAAAUAUCCAGCACUACCAGCCGCUGCUGGCCGUGGGUUCGAGUAAUGGCUCAGUGCUGGUGUAUAACCUGACGAGUGGCCUCCUGUACAAAGAGCUCAGCGUGCAUUCGUGUGAAGUCAGAGGGAUCGAGUGGGUUAGUCUGACCAGUUUCCUGUCCUUUGCCACCUCUGCUCCCAACAACAUGGGCCUUGUGAGGAAUGAGCUUCAGCAUGUGGACUUACGUACAGGCAGGUGCUUUGCAUUCCGAGGCGAGCGCGGCAAUGAUGAGCCAGCCAUCGAAAUGAUUAAAGUGUCGCAUCUAAAGCAGUAUCUGGUGGUGGUUUUCAGAGACAAACCCCUGGAACUCUGGGAUGUGCGCACGGGAACGUUGCUGCGUGAGAUGGCUAAGAACUUCCCCUCAGUUACUGCAUUGGAGUGGUCUCCCUCGCACAACCUGAAAAGUCUGAAGAAGAAACAGAUGGCAGCGCGGGAGGCCAUGGCCAGACAGACCACACUGUCGGACGCUGAGCAGAGCAGUGUCGAGUCCUCCGUCAUCAGUCUGUUGCAGGACGCAGAGAGCAAGGCAGAGACGAGUCAGGGCAUCUCAGCCCGCGAGCACUUUGUGUUCACUGACACGGACGGCCAGGUCUUCCACAUCACUGUGGAGGGCAACACUGUGAAGGAAGGAGCACGCAUCCCUCCUGAUGGGAGCAUGGGCAGCAUCGCCUGCAUCGCGUGGAAGGGAGACACGCUAGUACUGGGAGAUGUGGAUGGAAACCUGAAUUUCUGGGAUCUGAAGGCCCGUCUGUCCCGGGGAAUUCCCACACACCGAGGAUGGGUAAAGAAGAUCCGUUUCGCUCCUGGAAAAGGCAAUCAAAAGCUACUGGUGAUGUACACUGACGGAGCUGAGGUGUGGGACACCAAAGAGGUGCAGAUGGUGAGCAGUAUCAGAGUGGGCCGGAACGUGAGUUACCGUAUUCUGGACAUCGAUUGGUGCACAUCAGAUAAGGUGGUUCUGGCCUCAGAUGACGGCUGCGUCCGCGUGCUGGAGAUGGCCAUGAAAUCUGCCAGCUAUAGAAUGGAUGAGCAAGACCUAACAGAUCCAGUGUGGUGUCCGUACCUGCUCCUCCCGCGUGCUGCUCUCACCCUGAAGGCCUUCCUCCUGCUGCAGCCCUGGUCUGCAACCUUCACCAUGGACAUCACCCAAGUGGACUACCAAGAGAAGGACGAAAUCAAAGGCUUGGUGCAAGAACAGCUGAACUCCUUGUCCAAUGACAUCAAAAGCGUACUCCAGGACCCAGAGCUCAAUCUGCUUCAACGCUGCCUCCUAGUGUCCCGGCUGUUUGGUGAUGAGUCAGACCUGCAGUUUUGGAAUGUGGCGGCGCAUUACAUCAAGUCUUUUGCCCAGGCACGGCAGCUGAGUGUGCCCACUCCUGAUGGGCAGACGCAGCCAGAGUGCUCCCAGAGUACCACUCAGUGCCAUCUGGACAUCUGCCACGAUAUUCUAUGUGAAAGCUCCUUCUUUCAGAGAUUCCAGUUAGAAAGGGUUCACCUGCAGGAGGCGAAGAGGUCCAGCUAUGAACACACCAAAAAAUGCGCAGACCAACUGCUUCUCCUGGGACAGACGGACCGAGCGGUGCAGCUGCUGCUAGAGACGAGUGCCGAGAACCCGAGCUACUACUGCGACUCGCUUAAAGCCUGCCUUGUGACAACUAUUCCCUCCUCUGGACCUUCUCAGAGCACCAUUAAACUAGUAGCCACCAAUAUGAUCGCCAGCGGAAAGCUAGCAGAGGGCGUGCAGUUGCUGUGUUUGAUUGACAAGGCAGCAGACGCCUGUCGUUAUCUGCAGACGUACGGCGAGUGGAACCGCGCCGCCUGGCUGGCAAAGGUGCGUCUGAACCCGACUGAAGCCUCGGAUGUGCUGAAGCGCUGGGCUGAGUACCUCUGCUCUCCUCAGGUCAAUCAGAAGUCCAAAGCUAUCCUGGUGCUCCUCUCACUGGGCUGCUUCCAGAAAGUGGGCGAGAUGCUCCACAGUAUGAGGUACUUUGACCGGGCGGCGCUCUUCAUUGAAGCCUGUCUGAAAUACGGAGUGAUGGAGGCCAACGACACCACUAAUAAGCUAAUAGGAGCAGCGUUCUCCGCCUACGCCGGGCUGCUUCGCUCAGUGGGACUGAGAGAGGGAGCAGCGCUGUGGGCCUCGAAGGCUGGAGGAGCAGGAGAGGAGCUCCUGGAGGAGUUGUUCCAGAACGAAGGAUCCGGAUCAGAGCUCACACCUGGGGAGGAGGAGAAGAAGAGCAGCCUGGGCGUCACUGAAUCACUCUAGAGGAGGAGAGAGAAAAAGAACAGGAUUGCAGGUUUAGUGGGGAACUUGAAUAAAUGUGUUUAUUUUCUAUUCGUUGGUGCGAGCUGCUUUGAGAAGAAAAAAAAAAAAUCAUAGAAAGAUAUUGCAUAAGGUGUGAUUGUGUAAAUUGUGUGUGUGUGUUUGUGUGUGUGUGAGAACGCUAUCGUACACACGUAUAAUAAAAGCAUGCACUGCGUCAUACUCUGGGUUUGUUUACCCUCUUUGCCCACUACCUUGUUUCUUCCUCUCUCACACACACACACACACACGUAUACUGAGACAGUGUAAACAUUUGAGACAUUUAAAAAAAAAAAAAAAAAAAAAAAAAAAAAAAGGCUUCAUCAUAAACAGUAACCAAAUGCAAUGUGCUGUUUCAGACAUUCCAAAUACGUCUUUUUUUUCUUUUUUUUUUGCACUUUUUAUUUUGACCAAACAAUUCACGUGAAGUGGAACUCUGGGUUAUAAAUGAAGUAUUCAUUAUGUAUGAAAUAAAACAUGAGUGGAGUGUUUUUAUUCCUCUUAUACCACAGUGAUUUGCCAACGAUCGCGAUUUCUACUUCAAACAACACGUCAAACUUUUUACCCGUUUAUAGGUACAUUUAAUGUCAUGGAACAUCCGCGACACAACAAGUUAGUUCCUGUUAUCACUUACUUUAUAGCAGGUAUAUAACAGUCACUCCCUCGGCAGCCCUUUUUUUCUCUCUGGAAGUUAAUAAGGCAAGAAAACACGGCUGAAAACGUGCAAAGCACUCACGACCGAGGCUCCUUCCCUAAAUUGAUAAAUAAACACUCAACAAAAAUCUACUCCAUUGCAACGAUUAUACAUUUUUUCAUAUCUUUGUUAAAUAACAGCCGGUUUUCUUAAUUCAUUUAUGUGGACUAUGUGGAGCGUGCGCCGUACAAAUCCCUGUGAAUGAGCUGUUACUAUAGAAACGAUAUUAUAACAUAUUAGAAUGAGGGCAUUGAUAUAAAUCUAUCGUUUGUAUGUAUCAUUACAGCCUGAACUACUGCCAGAGCCGUGUUAUUAUAGGAAAUUAAUCAACACCUUCCUGUUUCGGGAAUUCAACCACGCUGUGGUAUAUAAGAUGAUAUCGAAGUGAGAGAAUGAAGUGUAGAAAGAAUAUUUAAGAAUAUGUCUGAGGAAUAAACAUUCUUUUUUUUUUUAAUUUUCAUAUGUAAGGAGAGAUGUAUGGAUUAAAUGUAUGGAUUACAUAAAGAAAGAUUUAACUAACCUUUUAGAAUCAGCUCCAGAAUGAGGUACUGUAUAUACAAAGAGAGUGACUAGCUAUUAAAAAAAUGAAUAAAUAAAACGGACAGAAGAUUUGAAAAGUUAGGAAACUGUAAAUCUUGCCAGUAAAAGGCCCAGUAUUUAAUCCAGCAUGAACAUAGCUACAUUGUGUUUUGGGUUUUUUUUUUUUCUUCUUUAAAUCAGAGCAUAGUUAUGUUUUGGGCAACAUUAGUGCUGUAGUUUUAUCUGUGUGUGUGGUGUGAUGUGUGUGUUUCUGCAAUCAGAGAGAAAUGUACAGUAGUGUAAUUUCUCAGCCCUAUGUGUGAAACUCAAACCAUGCCAUUUUCUUUUUUUUUUUUCAUUAUUAUUAUUAUUAUUAUUCAUGCCAGGUAAAAUGUUUUGACAGAUUGUUCAUGAGUAGGAUGACGGUUUCAAUGAACUUUCGACAUUGUUCUGUGAAUAAACAUAUCCCUGUGCUGUUCUUCACCCAGUUCUUUGUAGGAAACUUCUGUGGUCCAGAAACAUUGUUGUUCAUUCCUGGCUUCCUUUUUAAGCAAGUAUUGACUCUGAAUAUCGUAAUGAUUGAUGUGGAAUAAUUCUGAAAUUGUCUACAUGGUGAUGUUUCCUAGUAAACAGCGGCACAGUGAAUUAGUGCAUGCAUUUGCUUCGUGAUUAUCAGAUGAAUAAAUAUGUAUAUAGGAAAAGCAAUAAACGUCCAUGGAAUGUUA